AGCCAGAUUCCAGUAUUGUGCAGCACUGGAAUAAAACAGCUUGGUAUAAUGGCUGCAGAUUAACUAAUUUUGAAAAUCCAAGGAGAUCACGAAUGCAACGUGGAUUUUAUUUUGUUGAAAACUUACAUUUUUGUGGUCUUUUGUUUCGUCGUUAUAAUGGGGAACAACAGAUUUGCGCUGCUCCGCGGCCUUGUUGUAAUUUUUCUUGCCCUCCACCUCGUCCACGGAGACGUGAGCUACUCUAUCCCGGAGGAGAUGAAACGUGGAUCUGUAAUUGGAAAUAUCGCUAAGGAUCUGGGACUUGAUUUAGGCAGAAUGUCUGCUCGCAAGGCCCGAAUCGAUACAGAGAAUAACAGUGUUAAAUACUGCGGUGUGAAUCUCAGCACCGGAGACUUGAUUGUGCAAGAAAGGAUAGACAGAGAAGGGCUUUGUGCGAAAAAGGCAUCGUGUGUUCUAAAACAGGAACUCGUACUGGAAAAUCCUUUAGAGCUGCACCGUGUUAGUAUCCGCGUUGAAGAUAUUAAUGACAAUUCACCAUUUAAAGAGGAGUCACUUAAAUUCGAAAUUCAGGAAUCAGCGGUCAAGGGUGCACGUUUUCUAUUGGAUGAGGCGCACGACGGAGACAUCGGAGAAAAUGCUGUUCAGGGCUACUCACUUCAACAGAAUGACCAUUUCAAAUUAAAUGUAAACACAAAGGCAGGUGGGCGAAAGCAUUGUGAAUUAGUUUUAGACAAAGAGUUAGACAGAGAGGACAAAACUGAGAUCAUGUUAUUGCUUACCGCAUUUGAUGGCGGCUCUCCUCAGAGAUCAGGCACUGUAGUCAUUCACGUCACUGUGUUGGAUGCUAAUGAUAAUGUACCAGUGUUUAGCCAGACCGUCUAUAAAGCUACUCUGCUUGAAAACUCUCCUUUAGAUACAGUUGUAGUCACAGUGAGUGCAACUGAUGCGGAUGAGGGAGUGAAUGGCGAAGUAACUUAUGCAUUUGACCAUGUUUCGGAUGAAAACCAAGUUUUCUCUCUGAACCCUAAAACAGGCGAAAUUAAAGUGGCUGGAUCUAUUGAUUAUGAAAAAGAAUCGGCAUAUGAAAUGCAGAUCAGCGCCAAAGAUGGUUUAGGAUUGGCGUCCUAUGCAACCUUAGUUAUUGAGAUUUCAGAUAUAAAUGACAACGCACUUAUAUAUCUGAAAUCACUCAGUAGUCCCAUACCUGAGAACGUGUCACCUGGUACAGAGGUGGGCAUCAUUAACGUGCAGGACAGAGACUCUGAGAGUAACGGACAGGUCCGCUGCUCCAUUCAGCAAAACGCCCCCUUUAAGUUGGUUCCUUCUAUUAAAAACUAUUAUUCUCUGGUGACCACAGGACAACUGGACCGUGAACUAGUGUCUGAUUACAACAUUACAAUCACCGCCACUGACGAGGGCUCUCCACCUCUGUCCUCCUCUAAAACUGUUCAGUUAUCUGUAGCAGACAUCAACGACAACCCACCGGUGUUUGAGGAACAGUCCUACAGCGCAUAUGUGACUGAAAAUAACAAACCUGGCUCCACUUUAUGUUCCGUUAGUGCUCGAGACCCCGACUGGAGACAAAACGGUACAGUGAUUUAUUCUCUGUUACCCGGUGAGGUGAACGGUGCCCCGGUGUCCUCCUAUCUGUCUGUUAACGGAGACACGGGGGUGAUCCACGCUGUGAGGUCGUUUGAUUAUGAACAGUUCAGGAGUUUUAAAGUCCACGUGAUGGCCAGAGACAACGGUUCUCCUCCGCUCAGCAGCAACGUGACCGUCAGUGUCUUCAUAUCGGAUGUGAACGACAACUCUCCUCAGAUACUGUACCCCGCCCCGGAGGGCAACUCCUUCAUGACCGAGCUGGUCCCCAAAGCUGCACACGGAGGCUCUCUGGUGUCCAAAGUGAUAGCGGUGGACGCGGACUCCGGACAGAACGCCUGGCUGUCCUAUCAUAUAGUCAAAUCCACUGAUCCGGGACUUUUCACUAUCGGGGUCCACAGCGGAGAGAUCAGGACCCAGCGGGACAUUUCUGAGUCUGACAGCAUGAAACAGAACCUUAUUGUGGCAGUGAAAGAUAACGGACAGCCCUCUCUCUCUGCCACCUGCUCCAUGUAUUUACUUAUUUCUGAUAACUUGGCUGAGGUGCCAGAACUGAAGGACAUUUCUUAUGAUGAGAAGAACUCCAAGCUGACGUCAUACCUGAUCAUCGCGCUGGUGUCUGUGUCCACCUUUUUCCUGACCUUCAUUAUCAUCAUCCUGGGUGUGAGGUUUUGUCGCAGGAGAAAGCCCAGACUGUUGUUUGAUGGAGCAGUCGCCAUCCCCAGCGCUUAUCUCCCCCUAAUUACGCAGAUGUUGACGGCACAGGAACUUUACGCAGCACUUACAAUUAUGACGCCUACCUGACAACGGGUUCUAGGACCAGUGACUUUAAGUUCGUGUCAUCUUACAAUGACAACACACUGCCUGCUGACCAGACUCUGAGGAAAAGUCCAACAGACUUUGCUGAUGCGUUUGGAGAUCCUGAAGUCUCU